CCCCACCUUACCCCCCUACGCGCUCCCUUCCCAAGGCGACCACCUGCACCGCCCCACUUACCAUCUGCCCCGCGGGGAGGGCCCCCCCGGGCUAGCGGAGCCCUCCCUGCUCCCGGGCGGCUUUGGAGGAGCUCGGUGUUUGCCUCCAGCCCUUCGCUACCGGAGGAUCAGGUUCCUCCCCUCCUCCCCCUCCAGCUCCGGCCGCCGCCGCCUCCUUCUUGCAUGACACAGCAGAACCGCAGCUGCUGCAGCAAUUCCAAGCCAUCCGCCCAGGAAGCGCCGCAACCGGGACUCGGGAGGGGUGGAGGGGGCGAGGCAGGGGCCACGGUCCCGGGGGAUCCUCGGCCCCACUGUGCACCACACACUCCUUUCCCAGCCCAGGGGCACGCGAACAAAAUGAGGCUCAAGCUGACCAGGCCGAGCUGGAGGAACGCUGGGGCUUGGCAGCAGAAGGGAUGGGACCAGAGCGAAGGGUGUGGAGGAGACCCCAGUGAGGGCCGGGACAUUUCAGGUAAAGAGAGGUCAUAUCUCCGUACCUCACUUCCUGACACAAACAAGUUUUCACUGUUGUCAGCAACAAAGCCCUAAUAUAGCUGCGGAAGAGAAAAACUGCAUUGCAUUUUGCCUCCUGCAAGCAUCAUCAACAGUUACUGGAGGAAUGUAAUUCCAGAAAGCUUGAAAGCCGUGGUGAUGGUAAUUAUGUAUCAAAUGCCUGGUUCUAUUUCUGUUAUUAUUGUUUUGUCAUUUCUGUUCUCCCAGCGAUCUGACUGAACUUGCAGAGGGACAAAUCCGGUUUUUCUUUUUGACUUUUGUCAAACUGAAUCAGGCCUGAUAGAAAACUCAUUGCUCUCCGAGGAAACAAAGUAGGAGCCAUGAAAUGUCAUUUUAACAGAGCGUGGGUUUGGUGACUGUAGGAAAGGAUUUGAGGACGCUCCUUCUGUUCGGCUUCCUAUGUCAUGAGCACAGACUCCACGCACGCACAGACACCACGGCUCCCGGAUGCUGUGGCUCCCCGAUCUGGGCUCUUGCAGCGCCAGAAGCCCCUCCGGGAUGCUGCGAGGGGCUCCCGGUGGGUGGAGGUACGGACGCCGCUGCGGCCGCCGCCGCCAGUCCUGCUGCUGUUGUUGCUGCUGCAGUCACGUGGGAGCCCCUUUAAGUUUCCAUAGAGAGGCCUCUCUGGUGUCACAUGAUGGACAUGAUAUAAUGAAACAACAUUGUGGAGAGGAAAGCAUUAGGGGAGCCCACGGCUACAAAAACAAGUGAGUGAGAAGAGGUGGGAGGAAGAGAAACUACGCCACCUCCCCUGCAGCCGAGCGCACGCAGCAGCCUGGCGUGACAAGUGGGCGACGCCGGGGGGCAGGGAGCCGGGGUCCUCGGCCCUGGCCGGGGACCCCACCGCCCACCGCGCGGAGAACAACUUUUAGCCGGCAGCCCAGGCCAGCGCGGCACCUGUCUCCUGAGUCUCCACCGCUCCUCCCCAUCCAUCCCAGGGAAAUUCUCAAGAAUACUCUCUACAAAUCUACGUGCGCAUCGUUUUCCCCUCUCGUCGCGCCCGGGAGGAAGGAACGAGGCAAGGAGCUAAGCAGCGUGCGUUCAGCCCUGGGGUAAGUUCGUCGGGUGGGGAAGCCAGUCCCGCAGGACUUUGGGAUGGGAAUUUUGCUCUCCUUUGCGAUCUCAGGGCGUGAAAAAGGCGUCCCCUCCGCUCCUGGCGGGGCUGAUCGGCUGGCUAGUCAGUUUCCCCUUAGCACGCCCCGUGCGCCCACCCUCGCUCGGCCCGGGGCCCCCUCGCCGCCCCCCGGAAAGGGUCUGCGGUUCCUGGCCAGGACCUUCGGAAGGCGAGCGGGGGAAGGUAGGGCUGUCGCGGGAACCCGGCUUGUGGG